AACCACAAAAAAGCACAAUGUGCUUUUAAAUGUGCUUAGAUCAUUUUGCUUUCUUUAACUUUUCAAUAAAUAAUGCUUAUAUUAGUCUGUCUCUGAAAAAAGUACAAAAUCAUACAUUUAGGGGUACAACAGCUUGUUUUACCUUAUUUAACCCCAAAAAGUUCAUCGUUGUACCUUAAGAGUACAUAUCACUAGGCUGAAGUACAAAUAUGCACCUUUAGAGCAAAUAGUAUAUUGUCCCAAUGACAAGCUGUUAUACCUCUAAAAGUACAAAUUUCACACAUUUUCUUUCUGAUAGUGUAUCCUAAAGAUCAUAUCAUCAUCAUAUCAUAUCAUCAAUGAUAAAAAAGGCAUUUACUUAUCCACUAGGUUCAAUAUGAAACCAUAGUCAAGCCCUACUCGUUUAUAUAUACAACUCUAGAUUGUUUAUUUGUUACUUUAUAAGAUGAUUUCACAUCAAGGUUGUGAAUAAACAAUGAGCCACUAUAUAUCAUUCACAAUCAUAUGAUAUAACCCUCUCAAUAUGAAUGCAGCUUUCAACAUUAGCCAUCUAUGAAGCAUAAACAUUAUUAUCAAGUUUAAUGCAAGUGUGUGGUUUGUUGCAGUGUGUACGGCCUUGAAAUCCAGUCUCAAACAACAUAAUCAUUAUGGUUACACCAGAUUUGGACACUGUCCAGCACGGCCAACAUACCCUUUGUGCUCUGAUGAGGAGAGGGAGGAUAAAUGUCCAUCUGGGUGUCAUCUGGAGGGUUUUAUUAAUCUUGCAGAUGAAGACAUUCGGAAACGUCUGAGAAAUAUUUGUGAAAGGAUUCAAGGAAAUCAGGACGUCACUUCAUCUGUAAUGCAAAAGAGUGUGCAGUUUUAUGGAUCACAAAGAAAAGCUAUCAUCCAGACAUAUAUGCAGGAGAUCAGAUAUGUUAAGUUUGCUGAAGACCUUCACAGAAACUUAACAUUGCUGCACAAGAGGUCUGCAGAACUCGCAAAAGACUUACAGAAGCAUCAUCACUUGAUCUGGGAUCAGAUAAAUGAAAUCCGUAGAAUUGAGGUGGACAUUGACAUCAAAAUCCGUGUGUGCAAAGGAUCAUGCAAGCAAACCUUUGACCAUGCCGUUGAUAACGAAGCCUUCAAAGCUAUGGAGAACAAAAUGCAGCAGUUCAGCAUUAUUUCAAAGAGGCGAAAAUCAUUCUCCAAAAACAAAAAACUAAAACUUCAGUCUGUUGAUCGGCCUAGUGUGUCCCCCUCUUACCGGAAAAUUCCCAUUGUUCGCACUGAGCUGCUUACAAAGUUUGAAGACAUUGAGCAGCAUCAGGUGAUUUUAGAUGAACUCCUAGAAGAUAUUUAAUCAGAUGUAUGCCUAGAUUAGUAAUAUGUGGGAUUAUUUCGUCUGACAUUGUGUAUGGUUUAGUAAUACAUGAGUAAUAUACUGACAAAUACUGUACUUAUUUCUUUUGAUUUUGUUAUUUAUUUACUACAUAUUUAUUUGACAACUGUGCCAUUUAUUUUUCCAAUAUCAUGUUUACAGUUUCAGUUUCUCUUUCUUUUUUUUUUUACAGUAGGCUAUACAUCUAACUUAUGUGCAGUAUUCCGUGUACAGUGUAAGAAGAUACAAAUAUCACUAUUUUUAUACCAGUAUAAAAUGAGAAAAAAUAAUCUACUAUGGCUCUGCCUUAGUUGCAAUGCAGACGCAAGUUCAGGGGGCAGUCGUGGCCUAAUGGAUAGAGUCAGACUUAUAACCCGAAGGUCGCGGGUUCGAGUCUCA